AUUUCUCAAGCUUUAGCGACUUUUAAGAUGUGCGGGCUUCAAUUCCUAGAAUUACCCAGCCAAAUAUUAGCCUAGGCCUUGGCGAUAAAGCGACUUUUCGUCUGAGGGCAUGCGCAUUCUGGCCAGCAAGAUGGCGUCCUUCGCUGGAGCUAGAAUGGCGGUUAGGGUCGCCUGCGGGCUGCGCUCGCGCUCCUGCCUCGACGUCCUUUGCCGUUGUGGCGGAGCUCGAUUCCUUUGUACACCUGCACCCGCCGGGGGUGUCGAAAAAAGCCACAGAGACCCUCCCUGGGUUGGGACCUGGUACGAGACGCUGUCUUCGUCGGUACCUGUCGCGACGGUAGAAUCGGGGUUGAUAGCUCUUCAGGUCGCGUCCGGGCUGCCCUGGUGGUCCACGGUGUUGGCAGCUACCGCCAUCCUGCGCACUGGCUUAACCCUUCCACUCAGCGUCCUGCAGAAGCGCGUCGUCGCCCGCUUAGAAAAAUUGCAGCCUGAAAUUGAAUAUUUAGCCAAACAGCUCCGUUAUGAAGUUUCAGUUUCUGCAAAGCAGUAUGGUUGGUCUGAAAAGAAGGCUAGGGCAUGCUACAGGAGAAAUAUAAAAAGAAUAGUUUCAGAGUUAUAUAUUCGAGAUAAUUGUCACCCUUUCAAGGCAACCCUGCUCAUAUGGGUACAGAUUCCAGUAUGGGUCUUUGUUUCCAUAGCUUUACGUAAUUUAAGUAUUGGCAGAGGAGAUUCUGAAGGACUUUUAAUUCAGGAGCAGUUUUCCACAGGAGGCAUACUCUGGUUUAAGGAUCUCACUUUACCUGACUCAACUUGGAUUUUGCCAAUCACUCUUGGACUUCUCAAUCUACUGAUAGUAGAGAUUUUUAGUUUAAGAAAAACUGAAACAUCCAAGUUUUGGAAGUAUGCUACCAACUUUUUUCGAGCAGUUGCUGUGCUAAUGAUCCCUAUUGCUUCAAAUGUUCCAUCAAUACUAGCUUUGUACUGGGUAUCUUCCAGCUUCAUAGGCCUUUCACAUAACCUCCUGCUGCGCUCUCCUGCUUUCUGUAAAUUAUGCCAUCUCCCUCGGACCAAGUCUGAUUCAGAUACUCCAUACAAAGACAUUGUUGCUGCUUUGUACAUGAAAUAUUUCUUUAAGUAAGAUACGACUCUGUAAUUGAAACAAAUUAUUUUUUACUAUAUUAUAUUGUAUUAGGAAGCUAACUUUGUUAGAGUAGAGAAACUUUAUAUGUCCCUUUCAAAUAAUUUUUGUUAGCAAGUAGGAGACAACAGCCUUAAAAAAUACUAGCUUUCAAUUCAAUGUAUGUUUUUAAUUUAUAUGGAAUUUCUGAAAUCUUGCAGCUUUUUCUGAAAAAUCAUUUCUUUUCAUUCUAGGUGAUGUAAUUGUUUUAGUAUUAUGUAUUAAUGUUUGUUUCUUAAUCAUUUUGGCAGCUUAAAAUACAAACAUAUUUUUCAGUAUGCAUGUAACAUGUUCAUAAAAUCAUAAACUGGUUUUCAGAUAUUUAAGAAGUGACAGGAGAGAGAAAAAUUCACAUCCUAUCUUCUGUGACACAUCCUAAUCCAUGUGAGUUGCUGACAUGUACAUUCACGCAUACGGAGAUAUCCGAUUGCCAAACAGAAAAGAAUUUUAGGGGUGGAAGUUAAGAGUAAAGCUCCAAGUAGCUCCCAUUCAGAGGAUUUCAUUGAAAUUGACCACAUUUCUGUCCAGACCUCCUCUAGAAAAUAGUAAGUUUCUUGCACUCAUAUUAGUCUAGAUUAAGUGGUUAAAUAUAUAUUAAUUUUAGUUUUAUAACACCUAUGAUGGUUUACAUAAUUGUAUUUAAAAACAUUUAUUGAAAUGUUUUAGAAGUGGGUUAUAAAUAUACAAUUAGAAAUCUGAGAAUUACGUAAUGGAUAGUAUCUAAGUUUAAAGAAGACAAACCUUUCUUGAACAACCUUUUUGUUUUCUAGCAAUGCCAAUAAAUGACUUGUGACAAUUGCCCAGUGUCUCUACUGGAUCUGCAGUUUUAGAAGCAGCUUUUUAAGUAUAGUUAUAUUGCUUUAACUGUUCAUAUACCAAUCAUCAUUUAUGUAGAAGAAUCUAAUGGAACUUUCAUAAUAUUAACAAUGAGAGCAUAUUUCUAAUAUGUGGGAUAUAUUUUUAAAUUUUAAGGAAAAGAAAUGUUCAACAACCAGUAACCAUUCUCCAAUCUGCAUUGAACAGAAAAACUAAAGUCAUCAUUUGACUUCAUAGCUCUGUAUAAAAAAGGGAAAAUAACUAGCCCAAUAUUUUAAAAACUCAAUUGUUGAACUGGAACUUUGAAACUGGCAUUAGAUAUAUUUAAUUCACAAAAUGUAGUACCCGAAUACCUCCUGUUGUGGUGGACAGGUUUUCCAUCCUUUUUUGGCAUGUGUGAAAUUUAUUGCAUUUUGGAUGUGUUUCUAAUUUUCCUGAUAAACCUACUUUCACACAUAUAUUGAAAUAGACAAAUUUAACUGAUAUAGUAUUAAGCACUUUGCAGUGACUUGAUCAGACUCAUGAUCAAUUCAGCACAGUGAAUUAAUGAUUAUGGCAUAGUGAGGCAUAUUGUGAUGCUUCACAAUAAAAAGGUUUCCCCACUCAAACAAACCAGCUAGGAUCCAAACUAUUCAGCAUCACAGAUAUAGCAUCAACCAAGCUUUCACUACCAUAAGUAAUCUAACUUCUGGAGAUGGAUGAAAAUACUGCUGUGGCUAAGUUUGAGAAAGCCGAUUUAUACAGUGGUGUUUAAAAGUUCGUGAAUCUUUUUGAAUGUUCAAUAUUUCUGCAUAAAUAUGACCUGAAACAUAACUUAUUCUACAUUCAAGUCCUAAAACUAAAUAUUUUUGUUGUUCACUACUUUUUUAUUGCAGCUUUUGGUUUGAUUAUUAUUUUAUGUAUAUAGCUUAUCAUAGUAUAAAACGCCAAAAUGUCAUUCGCAUGUCUUCUAAUUUUAAUAUAGAAAGCUAAAAGCUUACAACUGUUCAACAAUUGUUCAACAUAUCUUAUUAGCCAGAUUAUAAAACUUUCCAUAGUAAAAGUUUUGCUGUCUACAGUAGUAGUCUCCUGGCUAUUACCCAUUGCAAUGGAUAUUAACUUCUAUCUUUGCUUAUAAUAUCUCCAUUUAUUUGGAACCAUAUUUAUUUUAUUUAUAUAUGUAUUUAUAUCCCGCCUUAUAUUGUUUUUAUAAAUAACAAUGGUGUUAUUUAUUAAAAUUGUUUGUUACCCAUUUCACCAUGAAGUGAACAUACUACUCCUUCCUCCUAUUUUUCUUACAACCCUAUGAGAUGGGUUGGGCUGAGAGUAGCUUGCCCAAUAUUACCCAGCCAGCUUUCAUAACUAAGGAGAGACUAAUUUUUCCUAGUUUCUUAUUUGGUGCCUUAACCAUUAAACUAACUGGCUCUCAAAGAGUAACGUAUACUUGUUUCCAACCACUCCAGCAGACCUUUUCCCAAGACCUCACAAACUCUCUGCUAAUCCUCACUGAGGCCUGAAAGAUGUCUUUGGCGAAUAUUUGCCACUAUUCACUACUGAAUUAUUAGUCACUACUAUCGCAAACAACUGAAUAAAACACUGCCCACUAAAAUCAACAGAAACUUGAAUUAGCUGUCCUUGUAUAUCACAACUGCAACCAGUGAAUUUCAUUAUGGAUUGGUCUGUUCCUUGAUUUUUGCAAGAAUGAGGGCAACAGAGCUAGUUAUUUGAAAACUUAAAUAUUAAAUGUUAAUAAAAUUAAUAUUGUA